AUGUUUAUUUUCUGGCUGUUUUCUCUCAUCAUUCUAGUUCAUGCCUGUCCUCAACGUGGCUGUCCCGAUGUCACGUGGCAAAUCUUCAACAGGGAAAAUUAUUCGUGGUGCAUGAAAACUGCCAUAUCCUCGAUUCAACAGGCAGAAGCAGCGCAAACUUGUGAAAACCUCUACGCAAACUCAAAAGCUACGGGUUUCCAAAAUGCGCAAGAAGUUUUAACAAUGAUUGCUCAGGCUAGAGCAGCGAAUUCUGGAGCUCAUGGAAGAUUUUAUGUUGGCGCUGAAAGAGUCGAGAAUUGUAUUGGUCAAAAAUUGACAGCGAGUUGCACUAAAUUGAGCUCGUUCAGAUGGACAGAUGGUGUGACUUCGGGAACUGCGGGUUUCGUUUGGGAAGGUGUACAACCCAAUAAUUGGGAUACUAUUCAGAAUUUCGCUUAUUUGGACACUGAACUAAAAGGAUUAGGCGAUGGAAAUGGGACUUUGACCUAUCCGGGAGUGAUUUGCGGAGUCAAAGCUGUUUGA